AUGAUCCUCCCCGCUACUAAUCUGUCUGCAAAUCAAUGCCUCAAUCUACCAUACCUCCACACGCGGGUCUCAAUAUUCCCCUUGGCCUCUCGUCUUUUGCAGACCUUUGCAUCGAAUCGGAUGCUACCUACCAGUACCACACUCUCAGAGGAUAACGCGAACACCCUCACUCAAGAAAAAAUCCUUCGAUCAACCCCUAGCCCCCUCAAUCGAUUGCGCUUGAAGGUGAAGCAUCUGCUAUUUCUUAAGCAGCGAACGAGUAUCCGAGAAGGGCAGUUCAGUCCAAAUAGUCCCGCUGGCAAAUUCUUUGACGCAUCGGGGUCUUCAACAGCUUCAUCACCUCUAUCCCUUUCAUUUUUUGUCGAUGCUUUGAAGAACUCCCUGCGAUCGGGCAAGCGAAAAACGACUCAGCGCUCGACUGUCAAGCCAGAAACACCCUCUCCGCCGUUUGCCUCCCCAGGGCCACGAGAUCCCACCUUCAAUGACUCGAGUCCUUAUGAUUGCAAACUGAGGCAAUCAGUUAUUGUCAAGGCUCUUCCUUCCGUUGUCGAGGUUCCUGAACCAACCAAGGGUUGGAGGAAACCAAGGUUGCCAAUUCCGAAAUGGGACAUCGAUGAUUGA